ACCGAGUUUACGGACAACGCGGCUGGCAUCUAGUAAAGGAGGCAUUGCCCAUGCAUAGCACAGCGCAGCAGCGCCAGAUUUCCCUCCACGUAAUAUAGUGAGAAACUCUAUGGCCGCUCCAGCCAACGUUAUUGGCCUCAACCGUAUUCUAAAUUUCUAGUACUAUAAAAGUAGUAGUUAGUAGGAGACAGUAGUAGUGAUAGUACAGUGUACUAGCUGUAGUGAUACUACACUCUAGUAUUAGCAAAGAUGGCGGCGGCCGCAAAUGUUCCUUGCUUAAGCUUGCUGUCAAAAUUCCCAGCUGAAAGAGCUGAAAAAUACCUGGACUGCAUAGUGAGCAGCCUGUGUGGCCAGCAGCGGGGGCCAUCGUUCCACCACUAUUCCCAGGUGUGGUCACUUACUGAGUUCUGGCAGUCCUGCAGUGCCUGGAGGGACUUUUUCGGCCGGCUUGACCCUGAUGAGAGGUUGCUGGAUGUCCUGCCGGCCACUCACCAAGCCGUGGUGCGCAAGGUGACUCAAAGUCGACGCGAGGACAUUCGUCACCAGCUGCUGCACAAGACAGAUGACAUUGGAGCUCGUGCCUUGACCGACCUGGACUGGAGUGUCAAGGUCUGUUCGCCACUUUGGUUAGGUGCUCCACAGCUGCUGGGGACUGAGGGCCAUGGGUUAAUUGUAGGAACAAUGAGGGCGGGAGUGGCCGAAUACUGCACCAGGGAGGCCAAUUCCUGUUCUGUUGGUGUUUGGCAGUGACACGGUGCCGAGCCUGGGUGGGCUGCCACUGGCCAACCUGAGCCUGUUUAUGGGCGACGACACCGUGUGCAUCGAAGUGAGCGUCGCUGA